AUGUCACUAAAUUCAAGCAGCAACCUGGACCACGGAUCUUCAUUAUGGAUCAGCGACAACGACGAAAUGGUGCUCUUGACUAUGACCAAGAAUACGGUGGAGGGGCUGCGGCAGGUUGAGGAUCGACAACACAUAUUAGCAAGGACUACACACCAGGACAAUAACAAUCCGACUAAACCACCGGUCGAGAACACGGCGGACGAGCCUUUAUGCGACAACGACGAUGAGAAGCCACCACAAAAGAGUGGUAGGACACAGCUGGACGGAUCCCCCUCUACACCGGUGACAGAUGGGCUGCAACUCACUGCCGAGUCUACGGAACCUUCCCUGGCGAACCCAUCUGUUGGAAAUCCUAUAUCUCACAGCCAGGUAUUAGAUUUGUCAAGGCAAAUGAGGGACACAGGAUCCGACUUUGGUAGACUAGAAGAGCUCUUACGAGGGUCCAAAGUUUAUAUACCUCCACCUCCCCCCAAGCGGGAGCCUACAUCUGAGUACAAAGCGUUGAUGGCACGACUGCGUCGCGAAGAAGAACUGCGCGUCUACGAACGAAUGACGAAUCCUCCAGCACCAAUGGAGACAUUUACACAGAAAUUCCCUGCCUCGUCAGCCGCUUUCGCCUUCUCCUCGAAUCAAGGCUCAGCUAAAGAGCUUGAAGACGAAGUCACAUAUGCCGACGUUGAUAGACAAAUGGCAUUGAUAUUUAAUGUCUUGAUCAGUAUUGUUGCUUGUGCAGGUGGCUUAUGGGUUGUCGCUCGUUGGUGGAGUACACCCGCUCGAUUGGCGCUAAGUAUGGGUGGUAGUUUGCUGGUUGGGGUCGCAGAAGUUGUCGUGUAUUUGGGCUAUGUCAGAAGAGUAGGAGAGGCCAAAGGGAAAGCUAAAGGUCUUAAGGAGGUCAAAGAGAUCGUCAACACAUGGGUUGUUGGAGGGCCCGACUAUGGAAACGAUACCAUGGACUCUGCUGUCCCGAUAACAGGCAACCACGAUGCGGAAGAAAAUAGUACUCGGAGACGAAAGAUCCAAACUUAA